AUGUCUCUGGACGAGAUGGCUUUUGAGUCGACUCAAAAGGCGCAUCAGAAAUCUCUUGAGCCAUGCCUCUGGAUGAGAUUCUUGGGCGACAAUCAUUUCAAGGCUUGCUCCGGAUUGCCGUCGUGCCGUGGCGUGUGCUCCUGCUCGCGUCUUUCCUCGACGUCGAAGGGAAUUACUUUGGUGAGUGCGUGUCUUGUACUCUUAUCGUGCCUGCCGUGUGCCCGCGUUGUGCCCGCCGUGUGCUCAUCUAAUUGGUCGUUGAUCCCUCUCAUCUCCCUCUCAUCUCCCUCUCAUCUCCCUCUCAUCUCCCUCUCAUCUCCCUUUCAUCUCCCUCUCAUCGCUCUCUCAUCUCCCUCUCAUCUCCCUUUCAUCUCCCUCUCAUCGCUCUCUCAUCUCCCUCUCAUCUCCCUUUCAUCUCCCUCUCAUCGCUCUCUCAUCUCCCUCUCAUCAUCUCAUUCGUCUCAUUUUACUUGCAUCGUCUCAUCUUACCCUUUCCUUUCGCUUCAGUUGUCCUUCAGUGUCCACCCAUUCCCCUUCACCUCCUUCACUCGAGUUGCUCUCCUUCACUGCUUUCUGGGGUGCCCACCUGAUUCACCCUUGCUGCCUCUCGUCUCUUUCCUUCCAUCCCGAUGCUGUCUCUCAUUCCUCUCCCUCUUUCCACUUUGUCCCAUUGUCCUCGCCUUCCGUUUCACCUCAUUGACGCGAGUCACUCUCCUGGACUGCUGGGCCAUCCCAGCCGCUAUGCUGCUAGCAGCGCUCUGCCUCUCCACGCGCUACCACGCCUCCCAUGUUAUCGGCGCGCUGCUCUGCACGGCGGGCCUCGCCAUGCUGCUGCUGUCUGACGCCGGGUCGCACUGGCAGCAGACGUGGGAGGGUGUGCGUAUAUCCCUGCAGCCCAUGUGUCCCUCUCCUCUUUUCACGCACUGCCAUGUCUGUUAUACCUUAGUGCCCCGCCUCUCACAGGAGUACCUUGCGCAUCGAGUGGAGACAACAGAGCUGCUGGCCUUCUUAAAGUGCACGAGAUGGCUUUUGAAAACCCGAAACCCUGCCACACUUUCUUUCCCCAAAUGCCCCUCCUCUCUCCCACAGGAGUAUCUUGCGCAUCGAGUCGAGACAACAGAGCUGCUGGCGUUCAUUGGUUGCGCGGGAUCCCUCAUUAGCUUCACACAGCUACUUCUCCUGGAGGGAGCAGACCUGCACUCCCUGCACUUUGAUGCCCACACUGUCCUCCCCAUGGUGCUCUUCUCGAUCGCCCUCUUCGCCUUCUACUCCCUCACUCCCCUCAUGCUCCGUCUGGGCGGCGCCGCUCUCUUCAACCUCUCCCUCCUCACAUCAGACCUCUGGGCGGCGGGAGUGGCGGCUCUUGUCUUUAACCAGCCUGUGACCCCAGAGGCUACCCAGGGAAAGUACAAUCGGCGCGCAGCAGUGCUCAGUGCCUCAUAUCUCCGUUACAAUCGGCGCGCAGCAGUGCUCAGUGCCUCAUAUCUCCGUUACAAUCGGCGCGCAGCAGGGCUUUAUGUGUGGACUCAGAAGAGAGCGUUCAACUGUCUCGGUUCCUUCUUCCAUCGUGCAAGCACCCCGAGAGUGGCCGCAUGGGCCACUUUCAAUCGGCGCGCAGUGUUCCACGCCCUCAUCUCCUCGUUCCAUCUGUCCGCAGGCACCCUGGGAGUGACGGCGCAGCCCUCGCUCCGGUGGCGCAAGGCGCUCAACGUGUCGACCGUGUUUAACGCCGCCAAGUUCGGAGCGGGCACGCAGAGCACUCGCAGCGGCUUCAUCGGCCUGCCUUACAGUAUGCUCCGCACCCCUCCCGCCCCUCUCGCCCCUUUCGCCCCUGCCACCCCUCCCGCCCCUCUCACCCCUGUCGCCCCUGCCACCCCUGUCGCCCCUGCCACCCCUGCCGACCUUGUCGCUCCCGUCGUCGCUAUCGCAUGCUUGGUAGCAGGCAUGGCCGUGUUGCAUGUGUUAGCUUCCAUUCUCUCACGCCCCCCACCGCCACUUUAUCCCGCCACCCCAAUCCGGGAGGUGUACGCGAAGCUCACAGGCAAGGCCGUUCCGGGCUCUAAGGGGGACAAGGGAGCACAUGGAUGGCUCGAUAUCAACAUCUACAAGUGA